AUGACAUCAACUUGGGCAACGCAAGCCUCUUCAACCCAGUAUGUUUCGCCAACACUGCGACCCACAAACCCAUGGGCCCAGCAAACCUUCACCGGCACCUUUAGGCCGCCAAACCCACAAGCUCACUUCUUGCCUCAUGACAAGAGUGAGAUGGCAGUGACUGAUGCAGGUACGCCACAUUUCGCAUCUUUUUCGAGUGCCCCUUCCUCAAUGCUCGUGGAUCAGGCUCAGUCCCAUACCUAUUCUGGUGAAACUGCCAGCUGCGCUAUGGAAAGAAUCAUGAGCAUGAUUGUAAGUGAAGUGGGAAAAGAGCAAGACAGAUUUGCCGCACUGCAAGAGAGUAAUCGUGUUUUGGAGCUGGAGUUGAAGCAUGUUCAGAGGCGCCGCGAAGAGGCACAGCGUGCCCUGCGCGAGAUUGAGCAUCUUUCACUGUCUCUAGCAGCUUUUCAUGAAGAGCAAUUGCAGCUGCUUCAAGAAUUACGACGACAAUGA